UACAGAGAGAGAAAAAAAAAUGGCUUGUGUUCCUCUAACUUCUCUGAUGAAUACAAUCCAGUUUGAGUUCUUACAACCCAGCCCGCCCGUGAUUCUUGAUGAAGAUACAUCACAUAUGAUGAAUUCUUUCUACCGGAAUCUUGGUUUCUUGCUCGCCUUUCUUGAGGAAUUCGAGAAGAAACCCGGAAAUGAUGAUGCUGCAAUCAAAGAUUUGGAAGCCAAAAUCAGAGACUUCGCCUUUUCAGCAGAAGAUGAAGUUCAAUCAAAUCUGGCAAAGAUAUAUUUGGAGGCCGCAGAUAAAGAGAUGAUACUCUCUCAGAACCUACAACAAGUAGAUGAAGAUGCAGAGAUGAUGCUCUUUCUGAACCUACUACAAGUAGCUUCGAAAACUCAAAACUUUGUCAACGAAAUUAAAAGAGAAUACAAUGAUUCUGCUGUCCAAGAUUUGACAAAGGUACAUGCCCUUCCUUCAGACCACGAGAGCGGAUCUUCACAUGAGCUGAUCUCAAAGAUUGAGGACAGAAUGGUGGGGCGUAGAAGUGAAUUAAAUACAAUAAUCAACCAGCUCAUUCGUCGCCCAUCUAUAGAACAUAAAGUCAUUUCGAUUCUUGGGAUGGGCGGGAUCGGUAAGACUACUCUAGCCAGAAGAGUUUACGAAGAACCAUUAGUCGUAUCCCAUUUUGACAUUCGUGCAUGGACUACUGUCUCUCAAGAAGUUAAUGUGAGACACAUUCUUUGCAACCUCCUUUGGUCCAUUAGCAGAGGAAUGAAUACUGAGGGAAGCACAGAUGAUCUAGCACACAAACUACGACAACGUUUGAUGGGUAAGAGGUAUCUGAUUGUGGUGGAUGACGUAUGGGAAACCGGUGUUUGGGAUCAUCUCGCCAGAUGUUUUCCUGAGAGUUAUGGAAGUGCAGUAUUGGUGACCUCUCGGCUAGAAGAGAUUGCAGAUUACACUACAUCAGGUGCCAGCAAUCUUCAUAACUUGCAUUUUCUUGAUUCUAAUGAAAGUUGGGAUCUAUUUUGCAGUCACAUUUUCUGGAAACAACCCUUGUGCUCUAAAUUCAAUAGAAUUCAAAGGAAUAUUGUUGACAAGUGUGGGGGGUUACCCCUGGCAAUUGUUGUAGCUGCUGGACUUCUAUCCCGACUCAGCAAAGUUGAAGAAUUGGAAAAGAUUGAGAAAGAAAUGAGCCAUCUUGCUAGUACAGAUAUUGGUGAACAAUGUUCAAGAAUUCUUAUUGUAAGUUACAACCAUUUACCUCAUCAUUUGAAAGCUUGCUUUUUAUAUUUAGGAGUUUUCUCAGGCCAUAGCGAAAUUCCUGUUAAAAAGCUAGUUAGGUUAUGGAUUGCCGAGGGAUUUGUGGAGAAGUCAGUGAGGGAUAAGGAAUUGGAAGAAGUGGGUGUUGGGUAUUUGCAAGAUCUUAUUAGUAGAAGCCUAGUCCAAAUUGAUAAGCUUAAAUGUGAUGGCCAAAUCAAGACAUGUAGGAUGCAUCAUCUCCUGCGUGUACUUUGUGUGAGACAAGCAAGAAACGAAAAACUUUUGUAUGUUGAAGACGAUGGUUUUGAUAUGUGCAACAGUAGCUCCAAAGAAGCCUGCAGUGGUGCUUGUCGUUGGCUAAGUUUCAGAUCACCAAAGCCUGAGAAUUUUGAUUUGUGCAACAGUAGUGUCAAUAAAGCCCGUUCUGUUUUGUGUUUGCAUAAUGAUGAGAUGCCAAUGGUGAAUGAUCCAAAGCUUGUAAGAUUCACCUUAUUAAGAGUUUUGGAUUUGACUUCUCCUUUAUACAACAAGGGAAUGUAUAUGUCUUUCGAAAAUCUUUCCAAUCUAGUUCUUCUUGAAUACCUAGCUUUUAUGUCCAAUAGGUCUUUGGGCUUUGAGGGUCUUGACAUUGCACUUUCUAAGAAUCAAAAACUGCACACGCUUGUUGUUUGGCAUAGUGCAGCUGGCUGGAGACCGAAUUAUUCCCUUUUGCCCUCCACAAUUUGGGAGUCACCACAACUAAGGCAUCUCGAGUUUAGAAAUUGCUUUAGAGUAGAGCCUCCAGGCAUAGUGAAAGAGAACUUGCAAAGUUUGUAUUGGUUAAGCAUAUUUCAUUGCACUGAGGAAGUUAUUUCGAAGAUUCCCAACAUAAAAACACUGGGGAUAUUUUGUGAAGGUAGAUUGAUUUCUGACAAUGCUGUGUCAUGCAAUGGUGCUAGCAGCUUGGAAAAUCUAUGUCAUUUGAAUCAACUUGAGGCUUUAACUAUUGAAGCUGAGUAUGCCAUUCCUAAGUGUAUAUCUCUUCCGCGUAUAAAUGCAUUCCCCGGUAACCUUAGGGAGCUGAAAUUAAGCAAGACUUAUUUGCCAUGGAAGGAUAUAGCAGCAAUUGCCAUGUUGCCUGGACUAGAGGUGCUCAAACUAAAAAUGGAUGCUUUUUAUGGGCCUGAGUGGAAACCAACUGAAGGGGGAUUCCAAAGAUUAAAGUUUUUGUUACUUAUAAAUACAGAUCUAAAGAUUUGGAAUGCCUUUGACGAUGAGUUUCCUAUCCUUGAGCACUUGGUCUUGAAGCAUUGUGAGAACUUGGAAGGGAUCCCAACUGUUUUCUUCAAUGUAACCGCUCUCAAAUCAAUUGAUUUAGAAAGGUGUGGCCAAGCCCUUUCGAGUUGUGCUAAGAAUAUCCAACAAGAGCAGCUCGAUUAUGGGAAUAAUGAACUAAAAGUUCUUGUUCGUAAUCCUCAGACCACUUAUAAGCAACUCACAUUUUAUAAAGGUCGGCAUAGGAAGGUGGUCGGCGGUAGCUGUGAUAGUGACAGCGACGAGGAGCCCUCGCAAGACUUCGGAGAAUGGUUGAAACUAAUUGAUGGAUGAGCACCUCUGGCCGCUUCAGGAUCAAUGCUUUUGUUGUUGAUAAUCUUGGACAACUCUUCUGCAUCUUCUACUGCUUUUCAAUUUGCAAGCUUGGAUGGAGUUCCUGUUGGAUAUUUAUAUAGUAAAUGGAAAUUAAUGGUUCAGAUGUCUACCAUGCAAGCUUAAAUAAUAUUUGGAGUUAUGGAGUUAUAAGUAUUAUUUAGUUUGGUGGAGUUAAUUUUGGAUGAGUGAGAGGAUGAGAUUACUCUUAACUAAUCCUUUGAGAAAAUGCUUACUGCAGGGCAUGAUUUAAAAGAUUAGCCUAUGUGAACAUGAAGUGUAGCCGCUUCAAGAGCUUAGGGUUUGGCUUGAUAUGUUCAUGAAUGGAUACGGACACAUGGCUGUUAAUAGUGUCAAGUUUGAGAUUUGUGACUGUAAAAAUUUGUGUGUAUUUUACCUACAUUUCUUCAAAGAGACUGCGUGGUUCAAGGUUCGUCCACCACUGCAAUCCGAAUUGAUGUAUCGCGUAUUAUACUAUGUGGAAGUUCAAUCUUUAAGACA